UAUUGCAUUGUAUUAAUGGCUAGUAAUAUUUUGGGGGGAUUUUUUCUCAUACCCAUAAUCCUUAUAUUUCCCUUCUUCACCAAAAUCCUCUUCAAAUUUCUCGGAUUCAUUUUCACUCACCUCGUCUCCAUUCUUCUUUAUCACCCAUCUCUCAAUUUGCCCUUAUUUCUUGGGAAAGCUAUCGACGGGUCAUUCCCUCUCUGGUCCACUAUUCUAUUCGCCCCACUCUUUAAAAUUUUUCGAGCUUUUUCCUCCAUUAGAAGGUCUAGAUGUCGGGAUGCUCCCUACACCGAGAUCAGCCAAGGGUUGUAUGUGGGAGGAUGGCCUGAUUCACUAGAGAAAUUGCCACCGGGUGACCCUGCCAUCGUGGAUUGCACUUGCGAAUUGCCCCGAAACAAGUGGCUCCAUGAGAAUUCCUACUUGUGCAUUCCUACGUGGGACUCACGCGCGCCGAGGAUAGAACAGAUUGAGGUUGCUGUGGCCUGGGCUUGUGAGAAGAGAACUCAUAACACCCCUGUUUUCAUCCACUGUGCUCAUGGUCAUGGCCGGAGUGUUACAGUCAUGUGUGCGGUGUUAGUAGCACUUGAGUUGGCAGAUGAUUGGAAAAUUGCGGAGAAAAUGAUCAAAGAAAAACGACCAUGCAUUUAUCUGAAUGCCCUUCAUAGGGCCGCAUUAAAGGAAUGGACACUCAAGUACGAUGGGAUCCAUUCAAGAUGCACGAGCAACAAGAGUCCUAUCGCGCCAACAUCCUCGUAAUAUAAUGUUAAUUUGAUUCAU